ACUAGAACGAAGCAAAUACAACUUAUUUCGUUAAAAUUCAUAAUUUGUAUUUCUCAAAUAAUAUGUGCAAUUAUUUUUCAGAUUCUUGGACUGAUUCGGCAACUGUAUUUAUGCUAGACAAAUAUAAGUUAUACCUUUCUCAAAUAGGCCCAAUGAAAAAAUUUAAAUCGAAGAAGACAAUGUGGGCAGAGAUUUCAAAAAAAUUGCAACAAAAUUGUAAUGUUUUAAAAACACCACUACAGGUUGAAAAUCGUUAUAAAACGGUUUUGAAACGAAAAAAGAAAGCUGUGGAAAAUAACCACAAAUCAGGUAAUUCGCGAGAAGAAGUCCCAUUUGAAGAAGAGUUAACAGAAAUUAGCCAAGCUGAUGAUAGUAUUGAGCCAGAAGUACUUCGAAGUGCAAAAUCUGUGAAAUACCUAAAAAAGCCUUUAGUCGAAAUCAUUUCAUCAGAUCAGGAUUCAAAUACUAUUGACGUAAGGAAAAACAUCAAAGAUUCUCCUCCAAAGAAAAA